GUUUUGGCAGCGUAAUCAAUAUAUACCGUGAGAGGGCGCCUUAUUCCAACACUAAAGGUUGUUGAGAAAAAACGGAAUAGUUGUUGAGAGAUCGUGGUAUGUGUUGCUCAUUUGAUAAUGUAAAACAUUGAGGAGUAAUGUGUUAAAUUAAAUCCAAGUUUACGUAUCUUAAAAAAAGCAUAUUAUAUUAUUAGACAUGUCAUAAUUAUUAUUAGUAGGGGGAAGCAAGCCAUAAACGAAGAGAUGUUUCCAUCAUAAUCCCUGUUAUUCUACUACCACGCUUGUGUAAAUAGAAUAUCAUCAAAUACAGUGCUAAGCAGCCUCUAAGUAUGGUAUUGCCAGCAAGAUUUCGAUUUUACAUUGUACUGUUAGGAGUAUGUGGACUGGCACUUCUGGUACUUCACAGGUCUUUGUCUGGAAGUGAGAAAACUGCUUUAGAUUAUCAGAAGUAUAAAAUUUCAGGACGUAGGAACAAAAAUGGUCGUUUGAAACCUGCUGACAACAUCAAUGAUCUCUUACCUCUUACACAGCCAGUAGAACAUCUUGAAAAACAAAAAGAGAGAGAGUCGCAAAUUAGAGCAGAAAUGCAUCAGAAGAUUAAUAGAAAUACUCGUUUUCGUCUGAAUUUGGAUGGUAACCUAGUUGUUCCAGAUGAGAAGAAAACUGUCAAUGAUAUGAACAGUGACUUAUUAAAUUCAAACUCAAAGUGGCUAUUUGAGAACAGUGUUUUGAAAGUGAACCUUCCUCACCGAAUUAUUCACUUAGACCUUAAAGGAGCACCUCCACUGAUGACCUACUACAGCAGACUGUUUUCCUUGCUAAAGGACCUUGGUGCCACUGGAAUCCUCAUGGAGUAUGAGGAUAUGUUUCCAUACUGGCAGCCCAUUACUUCAUUGGCAGCUUAUAAUGCUUACUCUUCAUCUGAUAUUUUGAAGAUUCUUCAGCUUGCUAAGUAUAAUAACUUGGAAGUGAUUCCACUUGUACAGACAUUUGGACAUAUGGAGUUUGUGCUAAAGUUAGACGAAUACAAAAACUUGCGAGAAGUACCAGAGUACCCACAAGUCAUUUGUCCAUCUAAUAACCAUUCUCUGGCCAUCAUCAAACUAAUGAUAGACCAGGUAUUGACUCUUCAUCGUGAAGCAAAAUGGAUUCACAUUGGCUCCGAUGAAGUGUACAAUAUUGGGGAAUGUUCAUUGUGCAAGUCAAGGUUGGUUAAAAAUUACUGGGAUACUAAUACUUUAUUUUUGUCUCAUGUAAAAACUGUUGCUGCAUAUGUCAAAAACAAACAUGUUCAACCAAUUAUGUGGGAUGACAUGUUUCGUGUGAUUCCUGAAGAACAGAUCCGCAGUUCUGAAAUAGCCAAAUUUGUUGAAAUAAUGGUUUGGCAGUAUUCAGAAAACAUUGAGGAUAAACUAACUCCUGAAAUUUGGGAAAAGUAUGGGGUUUUAUUCUCUCCAGUUUGGGCUGCUAGUUCAUUCAAAGGAGCUACAGGCCCUAGCCAGUACAUCACUGAUGUUUUUUACCAUCUUCAAAACCACCAUUCUUGGCUAAAAGCUAUCAAGAAAUAUGAAAAUAAAGUUAAUUUUAGAGGCAUAGUUAUGACUGGUUGGCAGAGGUUUGAUCAUUUUGCUGUUCUGUGUGAGUUGUUGCCAGUAGGCAUUCCUUCUAUUGCCAUCAACCUUCUUUAUGUCCAACAUGGAAAAAUAGAUUCUGAAGUGAUGAAAAAGGUGCAAGAUAUACUACUGUGUGACAACAAUCUUGGCUUGAAACAGAACUUUACAGUUGAUGAAGUUAUUUGUGGAUUCCCAGGAGCAAAGAUCUACAAAGGAGCUCAGAGGUUGGUGAAAGUAAAACAUGAGUUACAGAAGCUACGUAAGAACAGUCAUCUUGUUGGAUGGAUGGCAGACUACAAUUUAGUGAAAUCCUUCUCCAGCCCUGCACACAUUGAGAUUGGAACUCGGAAACUCAAAGAGUUGGCUGUCAACACAACUCUGUUGAACACCUUCAUGCAGAAUGUAAUGCCUGAUGUUUAUGAUAGUUACACUAUUUCAGAAUGGCUACAAACAUUUAUGGAACCCAUUAAGCAAGAGCUUGAGAAAGUCCAAAGGAAUGCUGUAAGGCUCCUGAAGUUUGACACUUGGCCUCGGAGGCCCUUGGGUUACCAGAUUAACGAACAUGUACCAUAACUUCUGUCAGUUUUUUUUUCUUUUCUUGUUAAUAUGAUAGAUUAUAAUUAGUUUAUUCUUAAUCUUCAACUUCACAAAAAGAGAUGGCUAAAAGUGAGAUCAAUAAUAAUGGUUGCAGAGAAUAGUUGCCCUGGCUGAAUGUAAGAGUAACUUGUGUUAUAUAACUGAUGUUGUGAUGAUAUAUAAGUAUUCAUACAGUGUUGCUUAAAUAUUUCAGCUCUGGAAAUUUUAUUAUUUGCAAGGUUGGCAAAGAAUAGUAUAAGUGAUUGGCACAGAGUGAGAUAUUAUCCCUCAUUUUCUAUUAUUACUGUAGUUAAUGUUUUUUAGAAAGCAAAGAAAUUGAUAAAACAAAAACUGAAAUUUAAAAAAGUCUAAUAGUAGUUUGUAUGUAUUUGUUUUGAUGGAAAAUUUUGUUUUCUCUUGAAAUUUGUAGCUUCUUUUUCAUUUGAGGGUUUUUUGUUGAUUAAUUAAGGCAUAUAAACACAAUUAUAUCCAUUGUGUGAUUUCAAUUCAGGUAGGAAGUGAACCUGAUAAAUGUAAAAACAGAAUAAUAGUAAAACCCUUUGGAGAAUGUUGCAUGACUUAAAUUAAUAACAAGCUUUAUGAAUUAACACAGGUUGGUAACAUUUGUGAUUAUUUUAAACGAGGAAUAUAUUAUAUGUGAGGCUAGCAUUUCAAAAAUGAAAGAAGAGUAGAGUUAUCUUGAUAGUAAAGAAGGCUUACCUUCUGUUUAUAGUAAAUUAAAUAAUAAUAUAAUACAUAACUCUUUAAGAUUAAUGAUAAUAUAGUAUGUAUCUCUUUAAAAUUGAAUGCUGAAGUUAGCUGUUUUAAUGUAGGCCCUCCAGAUGGUUUUGAGUAUAGAAUGUAUAGAAGCUGAUAAAUGAAUACACUCGUAACUAAGCUGUAUACAUAACUAAUUUUAACUUGAUACAAACUUUCUCAGAAAACCUGUAUGAGGCUUAUUACUCUUUUGUAAAUUUUCAGUUUCUAAAUGAUAAAAAUCUGGAUAACAUUAAGGCCUUGAUUGAUACCUAUCAUCCCGUGUGUCUUUCCUUACAGGAAACAUUCAUGAAAACUGCCGAUACAGUCACCUUAUGGCAGUUUUCUUUAUACCGGAAUGACAUGCUGUGUGAUGGACGAGUGCACGAUAAGGUGGCCCUGCUGGUCGAACAGCAUGUGCCCUUGGUUUCUCAGGAAACCUGUUUGAGGCUUAUUACUCAUUUUAAGUAGUAUAAAAAAUUCCUAGUAUCUGUUGUAAAUUUUCAGUUUCUAAAUAAUAAAAAAUUUUGAAAGUAAUGCCGAUCAAAACUGAUGGGUUUUUUUGUAAGAUGAAAACCUGAAAUAUUGAAGUAUUUCAUUAACUUUUAAACAUAUGAAUUGAUUAUAAUUUCUCAAGAAGGUACAAUUUGCUGCACAUAUUAUGUUUUAAGAUAUUUUGAUGUAAAAUCCUCUAUUACUGUUUUAAUUCCUGGUUUGGGAAAGUAAGUUUCAAAUGUCUUAAAUUUUGAUAGAAAGUUGUGAAUCUUAAGUAAAAUUUGUUGAUACUUUAUUCCUGUAUUAUGAUGAUAAGUAGAUUAAUAAAAAUACGUUUUUGGGUAGAAAAAUCAGGUUUUGAGAGGGGUGUAUAGGUACAAGAAUAUUCUAAUUAACAUAAUUUAUUAUCUUGCUAUGAAAGAAAAGAUUUGUUGAGAUCUAAAAAGAUAAAGAUUGAAACCAGUGUUACAAGCAUUAUUUUUACAUGUAUGGUUAGUUGUAGGAAAGAGGAUAAUGUUUUAGUGUUGUAUAUGUUGUUACAAUUAUAUAGUGUCCGCACAUGAAGUAGUGUCUUUUAUUUUAUGCACCUCUAGCAUAAAUGAAUAGAUUCCAGUUGGAAUUAUGAAAACAAAGUUUUUGAGAGAGACAGUGAAUACUUAUAUGAAUAUGAUGCCAAGUAUUGAAAUUUGUGAAACUGAAAUAUAAAUAGGUUUCUGUGUUGAAUAUAACACGUUCCUUCAAUUACCUUCUUGAUGGUUGAUAUGUAUUCAAAGAAAAAUGUCUACUAGAACCUUUAGUAUUUGAUGUAAUGUAUAGUUAGUUAUUUCAAAAUAUUAAGACAUUUUUAGUAAUAUUGAAUCCAUGGAAUAUACAAGGAGUCGAUGUGUUCAUAACCAUUUGUUCAUCCCCCUCCCACAUAAGGGAGAACUAGCAGUGCUUUAUAUAAUUAUUCUGAUAUCGACCAAACAGUUGGUGUAGUUAGUACACUUAUGAGUUUGCAUAUUGAAAAACAAAGAAUGAGUAAAAAGAUGCUAGGAACCCCAUUACUGUCAUGAUAUCAACAGGUUAGAACAAGACCUUACACUUUAUAUAACAAAGUUGGAACAAAACUAGAGUUUUUCUUUUUUAAAUACUUUUUACACAUGGUAGGUAAUUUUAACAUUUUUUUUAAAUCUGUUUUUUCACAUUGAAAAUAAAGUGGUAGUAAUUAAGAGAAUGAAGAUAGGCAGUAACAUGUUGAAUCAUGAAUAUGAAGAAAACAGUGAUCAAGUUUUAUUUUUAUAAACUUAUUUUUUGUAAUAUAUGUAGCUGUCAGAAUAAAUAUUCCUAGAGUUUCAUUGUGAGGUUACAAAA